GCAGGCCCUCGCAUGCAACACCAGGGAUGUGCCAACCUCCUCGCGCGAAACAGGCGUUUUCGAAAGGCGGACGCUUCAUCGCAUGAUCUCUUGAGAGAUGAAGAGUUUGGUUAUUCUAACUUAAGCCUUAGUGGCUUUAUGAAGUCCACUCUGGUAUCUUAUCUUACAGGUAUACUUCUUUCCCUACAGAGUACAUACUUUGCGUUGUCACUUCGCACCGUUCUGAGUGUUGCGUCGCCCGUGUUUCCUGCGCAAACUCCCUCAUACAGUAGUAGGAAGUUAAUAUCACGUUCCUGCAUAAUCCCCAUCUACACCCUCAAGCAGACAAAGAACCUAUACCCUGGGGACUUGCCCCUCGACAAUGAGCAACCCGAGAUUAUUACCGGAAUCCUCCAACUCAUAUCGUCGCAAUCCUGUUGAUGUUGGGGAACAUGAUGAUCAUCCUCCACCAUCUUACAGGGCGUCAGUCCAGGAAGCAUCUUCGCUAGACCUUGCUCAACGACUUGAGACAAAACUCGCAACAUAUAACAGAUCCCAAAAUCUCUUUAAAAGAUGGUUGUUCGAGAUCGCUAGCUUGGUGACUAGUGCACUUUGUAUGGCCGCUAUCGUCGGGAUACUUCUAUCUUCCAAAGACCAACCUUUGAGCCAGCGAUCACAAGCUCUCAACAUCGUAAAUGUUCUGUCCAAGAUUGCAUCCGCUACGUUGAUCCUGCCAAUAUCCGAAGCAAUCGGCCAACUGAAAUGGGCCUGGUUCCAUGGCAGCAAAUCCAAAGAGAUGAUCGACUUCGAGAUCUUCGAUAAAGCAUCUCGAGGGGCAUGGGGCUCUUUUUUGCUGCUCUUCCGUACCAAAGGAAGAUCUUUAGCCGCUCUUGGUGCAGUUUUGACUCUCCUCCUACUCGCCACCGACACGUUCCUCCAACAAGUGACCGACCUACCGGAACGUUGGAUCUUGGAUGGUCAUGGUGAAAUCCCUAGGGUUGUCCGUUAUGAGGGAGAUAACGGGAUCGUCCUUGGGGAAGGAGUGCCGCUUCUCUUAGACGAAAUCAACCUCCGGGAGAUCACUUUCAAGUACUUUUAUUACAACGGUACGCAGCCUGUCAUGUUCGGUAACGGAACUAGACCCGAGAUUUCGCUUUCUUGUCCUUCAAGUAGGUGUGAGUGGGAUGCGUACCAGUCGUUGGGAUUAUGUAGCGCCUGCACAGAUGUUUCUCAGCUUCUUACGUAUGCUUGCCUCACGACCAGGUUGGAUUGGUUGUCAGAAUUGAUUGGGGCUCCAGACACGUACCCAAAUGGGACUGCCUGUGGCUAUUGGCUCAACGCUACGAGUACAACACCAUUCCUCGCGUCCGGUUAUAGAAUCAACUCCACUUCUGACCCCACUCCUGGCGAAGCUCUCCUCCUUCGGACACUACCUCUGAUUACGCCUCCUACCAGAAAUACUUUGUUUGGCGGCUCAAUCAAUUUUGACCAUGUAUACUAUCCACUCCUGGAUGCUCUCAUCAUCAGUGCAGCAGAUGGUUCCAUCGAGAGCGUUUACCGGAAGGAACGUCCAGUUGCCCAAGAAUGCAUGCUCGCGUGGUGUGUCAAAACUAUCGAAUCCUCCUACCACGAAGGCAACUACGAAGAAGUGGUCACCGAAACUUUCCUGAACGCGACAGAUGAACAUUACCCUCACCCUUGGGUAAGCACCGAAGUUAUCUCACGAGGUGAGAAAGCAUGGGAUGUUUUCUUCGAAACAAACAUCAGUAUGUACCCUCCAUCAGCGGACCGGUCCACCGAUGGGUAUGGUGUUUCGAACGAAACUUUCGCGAGAGCAGCCGUUCUAUUCGAUGACAUGUUUCCUUCUUCCAUAACUGUCGCAAAUGAUACAGCACAGCCAUUUUGGAAAGUCAAAGUCUGGGUCGAGGAACAAAACAAUCUCCGCGUCUAUACCCACUGCCCGUGGCUCGCUCCAAAUAACGUUACUCAGUAUAUUGAUCGGCUUGCCACUGCCAUGACUAACAUCGUCAGAUCUCAUUGGAGUAAUGAGCUUGUGGUAGGAAGGGCAUAUACUCGAAUCACUUUCAUAGCAGUUCACUGGGAGUGGCUGGCCUUUCCGCUUGUUUUACUUUUGUUAAGUUUGAUCUUUUUGUUUGCCACUAUAGUUAAGACUUCCAAGAGGACAGACGAGGAUAUGAAUAUCUGGAAGACAUCGGCGAUGCCUGCCUUGAUAUACAGCUUGCCGAAGGACGUACGAAAAGAUUUUACGCCCUCACACAAUUGGGACAGUUCUUACAAAAGCAAGGCGAAGAAAGUGAAGAUCAGACUCCUUCCGAACCAGGGCUGGAGGGUUUCAGGCCAGGUGUGUACAUCUCCAACACUAGUUCGCAGAGUGGACAAUCGAGCACCUCCCGGGUGGAUAUAGCAUGGAAAGGAAGAG